AUGAAAAGAUAAAUUAGUAAAAGAGAAUAAACCAUAAAAUGCGAAAUAUUUUAAAAUAAAAUGUCUAAAUCAAAAAGUUUCAUGAUUUUACAAAUUCCAGAUGAAAAUUUUGAUUAAUAGAAAAGAAUGUAAAGAAGAAUGAGUUGUUAUUCAUUAUUUUUUGGAUAUUUGAAUAAAUUCUAAAUUCAACACCAUAAUAUUGCACCUGAAUUCAAAACCAAAUACUCCACUUAGGAUAAAGAGAUUAAAGAAACCAAUAGAAGAAAAACUCAAAUAGCUGAAGAUACUGUCAUUAAAAGAUUUAGAAGAGGUGUUUAAGAAAUAACAAAAUGUAAAACUGUAAUAUAAACUCUAAAAAUGCUUUAAAAAAAGAAUAAAAACAUUCAAGAUUUUAUUAAUUAAAUUAAAACCCCUAAAGAUAGUGUUUUAUUAAAAAAAACAAGAAGGAACAGCUGUUAUUGUUCAGAAUGCGGUUAACAAAGUUAGUUUUAAUAAAAACAUUAAAAUGAUCCAUUCUUCAAUUUCUUUAAUUAUAACGAAUUUUUGAAAAGAUAAAUAAUCAAAAUUGCUCCAAAAUUUUAAAAUAAAUUAUUUUCUCUCCAAUAAGAAAAUUUAUAACGAUCCUAUGUCUUAGAAAAUAAAUCAUUAAUAUAUAAAUAUAAAACAGUUUCAAAAACUACUAAUUUACUAAUAAAGUUAUCCUAAUAAAAACUUCCUAAACAAAGUAUUAUUCCAUCUCAAAGAGUCAAAACCGAACUAACAUAAUGUUCUUAAAAAUCUUUCAAAUUCCAAUUGAAGAAAAAUGCUUAAAUUAGAUCAAGAAAUUAACUAAAUUUAUAUUCUAUGACUACAAAUUAAACUAAAGAUAGCUUUAGAUCUUUAGCCUCUAUAUAUAAAUGA